GAGACAGGGAGAGAGCCGGUGCCGCGGGGAGCAACAGUUCCCUUGAAUCAAAGUGGUGUCUGGAGAAGCUGGUCGCAUCCCGAGCAAUGACUGGGUUAAACUAAGCAGCCGGGGGAUUGUAUUUAUAUUUAGUGGGAGGAGGAGAUGUGAAGUCUGGAUCUGAUCGCUUGCUUUUUAAUCUGUGGAACUGGUCGGAGCUGUGUUGGUUGAGGCUGUUGGUGUUUUUUUGAGGCGGUGUCUCCCUUUGCACGCUGUUGCCGUCUGACCACCCUCUCUCUACACAUCUCCCCAUCAAACUUAGUGGCGAACUGCAGAGACAUUAAGAGGCUGCCUUCUCAUCGGCCACAAGGAAUUGUCAUCCCUGCCUGUCGUGAUGGAUUCAGAAGCUCUGGGAGCAAGAAGCUUCCCGAUGUUGCCCACGUUCACUCCAUAGGCAAGUAGCCAAGUCUCGGAGGGCAAGGUGAUACAAUCGAGGGGGAGGAGUUGUCUGCUGGUGAGACCCAGGCGGCCUGAUGCCAAGUCAACGGUGACCCAGGCAGCUUGAGGACAAGCGCACGCUCUCAUCUUCACAUUUAGAAGAGCUGAUCGUAAAUCAGGCGGCGAAAGGAGCGGGCGAUGGGCGAUGCCGCCGCCAUGAAUGACGUGUCCACGGUGGACGAUGAGCUGUUGGCGUCCACCGCCACCUACCUUGCCGGGGACUCCGCCUACUCAGUCCCCAUGGGAGCCGAGCAGAAAACCGUCUUUGUCUUUGUCAUUUUCCUCCUCAUUUUCUUGAUCAUCCUGGUGGUGCGAUGUUUCCGGAUAUUGCUGGACCCCUACAGCAGGAUGCCGGCGUCCUCCUGGUUGGACGGCAAGGAUGGGCUGGAGAGGGGUCAGUUUGACUACGCCUUGGUGUGAGGCCAGGAGUGAGAAGCUGCUGUUGACCUCGCUCUGCCGCCCGCUGACCCUACUGUCUCAUCUUCACAAUGUCAUCCUCUCCUGUAUAUUUUUUAAGAGGCGUUCUGCGCUGUACAGUACAAUAAUAGACAAUAGACGAUAGCUGCAGGAGUAGGCCAUUCGGCCCUUCGAGCCAUUCGAUGUGAUCAUGGCUUAUCAUCCCCAAUU